GACUUGAUGUCCAGCAAUGUCUGCUUUCUGUAACUCUACUUACUCUAACAGUAAGUAACUGUAUCAGCCUCAACCAGUUACUGAGUCUGAACUGGCCAAGACAAAAUUUGGAUGUUUCAUUGUGAUUUUAUUUUUUCUUCUUCACUCUAUUUGGAAGUUUCCCUAAGAUUCUCAAGAAGAGGAAUUAUUCACCAAGCAGCUGAAGCCACCAUUCCUUGAUCAUAGUAGAAAAACUGGAGAAUCAUAAGCCACAAUAAUCAUUCCCCCCAACAAAUAAAAUACAUGUUACACUCAAAAAAAUUUGACAUAAAAUCUGUACACAAAUAGUCUGUGGAACUCCUUGCUAAAGGAUGUCAUGGAUGCAAAACAUGUACAUGGAUUCAGGUGAACAUGUACCUUGUAGCUAGACCACUGGGAGUUUUUGAAUAGACACAUACUGCUAUGGAAAUCUCCUCAGAUGAAAAGAGUGAGAAUCUAGGAUAGUGCUUGGGAAAACUAUUGGAUAUGCUUGUCCUCUUCCUGCUCUCCCCUGGCUAUCCACACAUGGUCGUGUUGGAGGCAGGGCGCUGUGACAGAUGGUCCCUUUGCCUAAACCAGUGUUGCCAUUCAUGUGUUCCUACAUAUCUCGGUAAUAUUUCAUUCAUUAUGGUCAUAUACUUGCAUAGUUUGCAUUUUCUUAAUGUGUAUAGCAUUGUACAGACAUUUGGGAGAAGAGAUGAAAACCAGACUGCUUAAGACAGGUACUGAGUUUUGUCUCCUUUAAAUUUCCUUGCACUUGGAAUUGCCCAGUAAGCAAGUCAGUGAGCUUCCUUUCUCUACCAUGUCUCUACAGCACGCUCCAUUUUAAUCUGUACACUGGAACCUAUUGCUGCAAAAUCAGGUCCAUUAAGUUAUAAGCAUUUGAGAGGGGCUGAGCUAGUAUAGCCUAUAAUAAAUAAAUCCUAAAUUAUUUGUAUCUGCAAGAAGAAACAAUUGGCCAAAUACUUAAAAUACUUAAAAUGUAUAGCUGGGAGGAAAUAUCCCAUACAGCCCCUCUGUUGUGCACUGUAUAAGAAACAAGGAAAAAUCAUACCGUAUUACAGCAAGACAAAUGUAAUAAUAAAGACAAUAAAUUAAACACAUAGGCACAAGUCAUCAUUACAAGUCCUCCCAGAGACAGGGCUAAAACUGCAUCCAGGUAAGGUGAAGAAGGGCACCUUCCAAACUAAAGGCUCCAGCCAGCCGGGCACCAGUUCUGGGAAUGAGUUCUGGGAACCUUACAUCUGAUAACCUGUGGGAUUAGGGUUCAGUCUCAUGGAAGCACACAUGCAGACAGCACAAAGCCAUUUAGCUUUGCACUGCGUUGGACUCUGGCUUUUAGGUUGCCAGCAACCUCCUCCUGACAGUUACAAGAAGAAAAGCAUAGAGUUGGUUCUGUUUCACUGAGAUUUAUUUUGUUGUCAGCAGAUUACAGAUGAGAAAAAAAAAUAAUCAUUUUACAAUUUCUUCUGAACAGAAGUGACUUCUAAACAGUGUAGAAUAUGAACUCCAAUCUCUCUUCUUACCAGUCAAAGGACUCCCACAGGAAUCCCUUAAAUCUAGUACAAUGGGGCAGAACUAGCUACAGCUGGGAGGGUUUUUGAGUAACGUAGAGGGAACAGAGUUCUGCUGUGGAUAUUCCCUCAGAAAUGGGGAACUGGGUCAUAACCAACUUCUGGGAAGCAAGUAUAGUAGCUUUUAAAACAGCAGGCUAAAAUAACCAAAACACUUUUCAAAGUCUCAGCUCAUCUCAUGCUUUACUUGUGAUGGCUAAUAUUACUAGGACUGCUGAGUGUUGCUGUGUGUGCUUCAACUGCACCACAAGAGACCAAGAGCUGCAGGGUAGUUCAUUCCAUUGGAAAGCCAAGUGAACAUCUCCUUAAUCUACACAAGGUAUUACAUUUCUAUUUCAGGAAACAAUUCCAGGAAGGAACAAUUGCACAGGAAUUUAGUGGAAGCUGGCUCAUGGGAAGUGCUCUGCUUUCCCACUCACAGACACCAGGCUCCAGCAACCCAAACACUCCAUCCCAUCUCUUCUACCUUCAGGCACACACACGUAGAAGCCCUGCUGUCUUUCUCCUCUCACUUCCUGUUCUUCCUCCAUGAGACAUGUUGAUGAUCAUCCCCCUGCUUAUCCCACACCCAUCACACCUAUCCUCCCCAACUGCUCCAUCAUCAGAUAGACUUGAAGCAUCUGAAGCAACAGGGGCAGCCAGAAGACACCUGUAAAAUGUCCCUAGGAAGAAGAACAGCAAGGCAUAUUGCAUCCUGCUCAUUCUUCAAGCACAACCUUCCCUGCCCAAAUGCCUUGAAGGAGAAAGUAAGGGAACUACCUGGCAGAAAGGCAGCCAAAGAUGUGGAAGGAGGGCUUCAGAAUAAGAAGGUUGGUGGUACAAAGGGCCAGUCUUGAGCCAGAGGUUGACAGUACCUCUCCUUGCUGGAAGCCUUGCAUCCCAGGAGGCAUUACAAGCAGCAGAGACUGAGACCCUGCAGGGGAGGAGACACAAGGCUCUGCAGGAAACACUGAGGAGACUUUUGCCAUAGGUACACAAUCAGGCAACCAGUUCUGGCCAGGAAGAUGCCACAACCCUAAAUGUUGUAUUUAUUGCUCUGAGCAGUGCAGAGAAGUCCGGGGAGAUGGAGGUGUGUGCAAAGGCUAAAGCCAGGAUGUGUGGCCACCUGUCACGCUGAUGAAAGCUGAAGCGUAGGAGAUCAAACACCUAUCUAGGAGGACAGUGGCUUGAGGGACAAGUGCAGUGGCAUGAUGGAGCAGACCCACUGUAGCAAACAGGACCCAAUGCAAAGUGAGGAUGUUUGUGAAGGAGCUGCUUGUGCCUCCUGCCCAUAUGUGGCAGCAAAAUGGCAACCUCCACUGUGGUGCUGAGGUCAGCUAAGGAGCUGGCUGAUCACCAGAUCCAAAUCAUAUACAUUUUUCCAUUCUGAAUGACAAAAAGAGUGAGUGGUGUGAGGUGAAACUGCAUAACUGCCCCUCUUGAGAGCACAAACAUGCCUCAUGACAAUGCAUAUUUCCUCACUGGAACACAGGUGCUCUCAGCUCAUACCUCAUUUUCCAGCCAGCAGCCCCAAUUUUAGAUGGCUAUAUUCAGCCCCAAGGCUUCCUUCUACAUCCCUGCCAUUCACCACAUUCAGCUCAGCAGCUAUGGUGUGCUAGGCUUUAUUUGCUGCAAGCCUUCUGCCCCAGUCCCUGAUUUCUCCCACCAUAACCCCUGCCCAAGCCAUCUGUGAUCUGAAUCACCUCAAUCCGGAUUCUUGUCCUUCUCAAUGCUAAAAUUAAUCCACGCACACAGGCCAGAUAGUAAGGCUCCUUCCCACUGCCACCUGCCUGAUGGCUCUAUCCACUGAGCUUCUCAGGGCUUCCUCCUGUAUUUUCUUUCACCUGCCUCUUGUGCUCUUGGAUCUGAGUGCCAAUAUAUGUACCAAUAUAUGUACCACCUGAUGAUUUCCAGACAUGUCUAAAUGUGGAAUUAGUAGGUGGGACUCUGUGAACAGCUUCAUGGCUAGGUGUCCCACGUGUAUCACCCCCCAACACACACCUAACAUGUUGACCCACCACCAACGCUGCUUAUAGGACAGGACAAAUGAUUCUGGAUCUGGCCAGGAGGACUAAAGGAAGGAGAGUUUUGCCCCUCAAAUCACUCGAGGUUUCACAUGUUUCCUCUUGCAGCAGGCAGCUUGCCACUUCUGCACUGCACCUACACAGGCAGCAUCUGUGGGUGAAGGGGAGCUCGGGCAAAACUGGGUCUGGGAGCAGUGUUCAAAGUGCAAGACGUCAAAGUGGUCAGUGAACUCUGACAGUGCUGCGGUACUGGGGGUCGGCACUGGGACAGUCAGUCACCUCUACAGAAGUGUCCAAACAAAACAAACUUUUCUCAGCCCCCACAGACACCCAAGCCACCCUAGCAGUCCAGCUUUCCUGGGCGAGCUUAGCCUGGUCAGGUACCAUGUCACUUAACACAGCCAGGAGAAGAAAGCCUCCCCUGGCUCAAAUGCUAGUGGCUAGGCUCAGCUUGGUUUUUUUACUCAUAUUUAGAUGACGCAGUAUUUGAGUACUACAUGAGGCUCCCAUGGCCCUGAGAACCGAAACAGAAAGCAAGAAGCAGAUGCCGGUGACACAGCAGGGACUGUGUGUCAGAACCCAUCCAGCACGGGACCAGACAGCUGCCACAGACCAACUCAGCUCACUGGGGCAGUACCUCAGCACUUUACAGCAUUGUUUCAGCUCUACACCCAGCCAGAUGGGUAACCCGUAAGUAUCCUCCACUGUGUCCCUCACCUUUUUAAUGCCGCUAACAUUCGGGGAGAUCUGCCAGGAAAAGAAGUGGUGCUGCAGGGUACAAAUGUCUGUGAGGAAGCAGGUCCUUCCCCAGCUGUGGCACACUUUUGGGGCGGUUCAUCUGCAGUGUGAUCUGUGUGCCACUGGCUGGUUUCUGUUUGCCAGCAAUCCUUCUUGUCAGUGGCCUUUCUUAACCUGUGGUUUCCCCACAGCCAAUCCUCUCUGAGCGGGGGAAAGAGGAACUGUCAAUGAUAGGUAAAUGGUUGGACUGGAUGAUCUUCAAGGUCUUUUCCAACCUAGAUGAUUCUGUAAAGAGGUAUCCGGGUGGGGUGUGUGUGUGUGUGUUGUAGCUUGAAGGAAAGGUUCCAACUCCAAAGCUGCCUUCCUUUCUCACUGCUCUUUCCUGGAAUUACUCAGCAGCUGGGGAGAGGGGAUGCAGGAAAGCCAAGUCUUCUGGGGGCUCUUCAGUGCAAGAGAAAAUGCCUAUUCCCUUACCCCUUUGCAUUCAGCCUGUUCACUGCAGUGGGGUCUGGCAGCUCCACAGAGAUCUGUCCCCUGCACAGAGGUACCCAGACAGUCAUCCAGCAGCUCACUGAUCAGAAGGCACAGCCUCAGCCUAGGAAGGUGCUCACCUGCUUAUAAGCCAGCAGAGGGAAGGGCCCUGCAGUCCCAGCAGCACAGAGAGUCCCUGCAAGCCCCAUCUCACACACAGACACCCCAAAGACCUCCUGACCUGUGCACAAGGAGCUGGGAGGUUGAGACACAGAGCUCUCCCAUGGUGAAGUUCAAUGCUUCCAGUGAUGCCUGCUCAGAAACAAGGGGGCUGAAGCCAUGCUUGGGUUCCUCUUGCACCUUUGAGACAGAGCUGCAGACUCUCCCAUCCAAAGGCACAGGCACCUCCUUAGAGGCCGAGGGGCUGCAGAUGUCUGGGAAAAGCCCCAGCUGGACACUGAGUGACAGCUGUUUCCUGUUUAUCUCCUUCUUCUCAGCCAGGCUGCCUCCAAAACACCCCCAGAACCAAGCUGCUGAGCUCACAAAAGCUGUGUCUGCAGUUGUGCUGAUGGCAGGGUACCAGGUCUCAGCUUUCAUUGCCAAAGUGUAUGUCACCUCCUGCCACACGGUCUCUGCCCCAGUUGGCACAGGGCACCCACUUCAGGUGUGUUUCUGUCCCUGUCAUAGUUACACCUGGGGACAGGGAUUUACCUGGUGGGCUGAGCUGGGGAGGCAGCAGGAAGCUGAGGGGCAAAGUUGCUUGCAAUUUAGCAGAGUGAACAGAGAAGGAUCACUGGGAAGAGAAACUAGGUUUUUACAGAUAUGAGCCUCAAAACAGAGGAGAGGGCAGAGAUACCAUGAGAUUUUCCUGAGCUCUCGCACACGCAGAGAUCACAUAGCACAGUGUUGCUGAGGUGGCUCUACUCCGCCUCUGCUAUGUAUUUCCAUGAUCCUUCCUAGGAAUUUAAUUCUCUAUCCCCUCUCUGGUAAACAUAUGUAACUAGGACAAUUUUUAAUUGCUUUUAUAUUUUAUGGAGGUGGGGGUAAAUAAAAGGUAACGUGAGAUGAUUAAACAAAAGCCGGUUUCUACAAGCCUGCCUUCUCUAGGAAACCAGUCUACAGAAAUUCCACAGCAAGGGCUGGUGGGUGGGCAGAACCAGGAGCUGGCUGAGCUGUACCAGUCCCAACUCUUGAGUUCUGACAGAAAUCCUGGGGGAGGUGGUCAGCUAACCAAGCACAGUUUGUUCUCCCUCUGAGGGCUGUGAGGCAGGAUGGCAGGGAGAACAGUGGGCAGGUGUGAGCCCUUGCAGGACAGGGAGAGGAAAAGCAGCAAUGCCUGGCUGCAGAAGGGCAUGUGUACAGACAAAACAAGAGGCAAUACCAGGGUCAAGACAAACACUAGAGAAAUUGCAUGUGCACAAGUUCUCAUUCUGCAGCAUGUUCUGGGCCUGAGCACAGAUAUUUUCCUGGUCAUUUGUUCUUCACUGUAGAUUCAGAACAAUGGGCAUUUUCCACGUGACCUUCCAGUCUUUCCAGAAGCCUGUUGUGAAGACCUCCAAGGGAAGCUACAAGAAGAAGUGAGGUUAUUGACCAAGGGAAGGAGACAGCACGAAGCAGAAGCCUGGAAGAGGGCACUGAAGAUAGUCCACAUUUCUGGGAGAGGAGCAGGGAGUCGGGUUUGCCAGACAGUCUGAGAGAAGAGCGAGGAUGGUAAUCACAGCAGGCAUCCCCAAAGCAGACUUUACCAUGGUAUCAAGAAAGCAUGCAGGCACCAGGAUGGGUUUGCUGCAACAGAGGUACACCGGGCACCUGCUCUAUGUGCUGACCCUACUCAAGUCUGCCGGGACCUUGGCCCUGAUGCUCUAUGCACUGCUGUGGGAAGCUGGGAACCUGGUCGACCUCCCUGGCAAACGCAUUGGCUUUUACAACUUCUGCCUGUGGAAUGAGACAGCUAGGCAGCUACAAUGCCUGGAGUACAAGCACCUGCAGAUGAUGGGCAUCAGCCUACCAGGAAUAGUGAUAGCCAGGGUUUGUGUGUAUGCCUGCCUGGUCUUCAGCAUCUUCUACCCCAUUUUUGUUGCCCACGUGAAAUGCACAGAGGAGACAGAGGGCUGGAAGGUGACCAUCAUCAUACUCAUCAUCAAGAUGAUAAUCCUGUCUGGAGGCCUGGUUAUAUUUCUUUUCCAAACCUCACAGUGGAUUCAGCCCUCUGACUUCACUGGGGGCUUCCUGGCACUGCUUGGGUCUCAGGCUCUACUACUGCUCCAGAUUAUCACUGCCACAAUGUACCUCAGCUGGGCCAAGCACACCUCGUGUCAAACCCCUUUUACUGAAAAGGCCCUGCCCAUUGAGUUUGGCAGUGAAGAAGAUGCAAGAUGCAAGUGCUAAUUGAUAACCCGAUCUAAACCAGUAAUCCCGCUACAGCUUUAGUCACUGGCACAAGUCUGAUCCUUAGUCCAAAGGCCCUCAUCCAGCCAUGCUAUGGCACUGUGUGCAGCACUCCUGCAGCGAGCAGGCAGCAGACACCAACACCCACAGCACGGAAGCUUUCUGGCAACACCAGCAUGUAACGCACCCCUCAGCCUGGGGCAGAGCAGCAAAGCAACAAUAUUUCUGGUCUUGACCCAGAGGACAGUGAAGGGGACAGAUCAGAACUAGCACACAGUGGACACAGCCCUCUGUCCAGAUCUAACCUAAGUAUAGGCAGGCAGAGAUGCUAACAGGCUUCCUUUUUUGGAGUUGCCCAGAGACUCUGCUUCAUCUGCUGGACUAAGCAGGGAUGCCUUUGAGGCAAUUGUGACUUGAGGAGCUGUGGCUUCACACUGCCAUCACUAUAGUGAUGAUCACUACAGUGGUGGCCCUGGAAGUGGAAAUACUCUCUUCAGCAGGAGCCCCUGUACUUCACCUGCUGGAAUGGCAUCUGGAGUGACUCUGCUUUAGUUCAUUGGGGUGAAGUGGCCCACAUCCAACGCCAGCAGCAACAGAGCACCUGGAGGGGCAGCCUAACAACUUGCUGAACACAGCCCUAAUGAGGAGUUUCCACGAGGAAGCAGAGGAUUUUGGUGCAGAGCCCGAGGUUUGUCCCCACUGAUAUUAUGGAGCUAAGCCCAGCACUGCAGAAGCCUUUGAGACUCCAGAACUGGUUCUGUGCAAGGGCAGCUCACCGCAAACCCAACUCAGACCAACACAUACCCCACACAAGGGUGCACUUGGGGAGAUGGGCCAGGGCUGCCAAAGGCCAGGGUGCAGUGCCCCAGCUGGGCAUCGCAGCCAGAGCACUGGAGGGAGUUUCUCUGCUGUAGCAGCACAUAGCACCGCUCCAUGGCAUGUCUGUAACCUCACACAAAGAAGCACUUCCUUUCCUCUCCAUCCCCUUUGAGGACAUGAGGGUCUGUUUACUCUCCUGCUGUAGUCUUGUUGUGGAUGUGGCUGUGGACGCUCAUUUGACCAGUUCUUUAUUUCAGUAAAAGCUUUUGAACCUGCUCCUGUCUCACAUGGUUUGUUCAUCCCCUCCUUUGGAUCGGGAAGAGGACACAUCCUCAUCCUGUCCCAGACCCCCAUGCACACUGCCACAGGGUCAGCCCCCUCAGGAUGGUCCCUGCUCCUUGCCAGUCUGCUCCCACCCAUGUCUUCCUCUUCUAUGGGAGGCCUGCCCGAGCCUGGAGGCAAAUUCAGCAUCAGGUCUAAUGGGGACAGCCCGUCAGGCCCCACUGCAGCUGGCACAGAGAGACAGCAAGGACAAGGGAGCCCCAAGGCUGAACCAUGACUAUCUGGCUCUGCAGAGACAGCAAAGGCCUUUCAGGGCCAGCAACUCCCAGCUCCCCUCCAGUCCCAACACCGACCCAUCAGUAGGACACUCACAGGAACCCAAAUGUCCUCUUUAAUCUGUCCACGUUCUGAGAUGCCAAACAGAAAUGAACAUAACCUAAUCUGGAGCCAAAUCUCACUGAACACACCACGGGAAGUGAGUGCCCCCUUCCUUUUUCCCCAUGGCCUUCAUGGGCCUCCUGCCAGCUCCACAGUCCACCAACACGGCAGAUACACAGCCCACUUCAGGACCAAUUCCCACCAUCCUGAGUGCUGUGGGAGGGGCCACCCUCCUCACCGUCCCCUUUGCUCCUGGGGAACCGCAGAGGAAGCA